UUAUUCCCCCUUGUUUAUUUCAGUAUUCCGUGCACCAGUCGACAGUAUGGAAGGUUUCGUUGUUUGUUCAAGGGGAGAGCCAGGAAUUCCAGAGAAGAUACCAGUUCCACUUGGCUCUAUCAAUGUUCCCCGAGCUCCUCAAAAUUCCUUCGUUAUUGCUUGUUCUGCCCAGAGAGCAGCGUUGGCAGAGAGAGGAGGCACUGGCGGUGCAUUGUAAGUUAAAUCGGUACCAAUCGAUUAACAUAAAAUAAUAUUUAUGCUUUUCUGUGCAAUGGUGGAACCACAAACAUAGAUUAUUUAACAUUAUCCCAUUAAUUAGUAAACCAGGCUCUUCCCAAUGCCAAUGUUCCACCCAUAUAGCCCCUAUUUACUCCCACUGGUCCCCAUCAGAAGGCCCAUGUUGGCUUGUGCUGUUGUACUUCAGAGAAGUUUUUGGGCAUUUAGUAUAAGCACCUUCACUGGGAAUUCUAUAGGCCUAAACCUCACGUUUCUUUUCUUUUUCAGCCGUCAGGAUUCAUUGAUCUCCACUGACAACUUCCGGUUCUGCCGAUGGCUUGGCCAGGGAACUUUUGGACAGGUCUAUCAGGCAGAACAUAAGGAAACGAGGAAGAUGCUCGCCAUCAAACGCGUCGACAAGCGUCAUUAUUCGGAAAAUAAUAUCGUUGAAAUGCUUUUCCUGGAGAGAGACAUAUUGAGAUUGGCGAGGAACUCCAGGAACCCUUUCCUUGUGAGUCUGUUCUGCUCUUUCCAGAGUGAGCACCAUGCGUAUAUAGCCAUGGAAUUCGCCGCUGGAGGCAGUUUAGCGUCCCGGCUGAAGAACGGAGCUCUCCCCUAUGAAAGCACUUUAUUCUAUUCUGCGUGCAUCGUCCUGGGGAUCAAGUUCUUACACGAGAACCAUAUUGUCCACCGAGAUUUGAAGCCUGAUAAUAUAGUCCUAGACAGCGCUGGUUAUGCCAAAUUGGCAGAUUUUGGACUGUGCAAAACAGGAAUUGACUACGGAACGGAAAUGACGCACCCAUGUGGGACGAAAUGUUACUGUACCCCUGAACUGUUCUGCGGAAAGAGCUAUAACAGAACAGUGGACUGGUGGGCUUUAGGCGUCACUAUAUAUGAAAUGGCCGUUGGGAAGUUGCCAUUUACUGGAGUAGAUGAGAAGUUGAGUGAAAACGUCAGGUUUGCAGAACCGAGAUAUCCACCCCGUCUGGAUAAGAGAACUGUUGCAAUAAUAAAAGCACUCCUAAAGAAAGAGCCGACAUUACGUCUGGGAGCAGAUAAAGACGAUGGGGAAGAAGUGCAGAAAUUCUGUUACUUUAAGCCAAUAGACUGGAAAGCUCUGGAAGACAGGCAGUUGCCGGCGCCAUUUAUUCCCAGCCAAGAUGUCCAUGUUGCACAAGAAGAACAACGUGGUAUUGGGGUUGCAACACCCCCACAAGGAAUGUGGCCACUUCCAUCAGCCAUGCACGAGGCAUUCGCAGAAUUUGAGGAGUUGCCAGAAGCUUUAUAAAAUAAUUACAGCCAUUUAUAUAUAUAUAUAUA